CCGACCAACACCAGAUCUUUGUAAAGAUCGUUCAAAGUUUGAAUAACAGAAACUUUCACCCAAUAAUUAAGAAGUUCUAUCUUGUAAAUAACUUUGUUUAUGUAAGAUCAUUAGAUAAUAAUGGUGAUUAAUUUCCUAUUACAUAAUACAUUCAUUUUUCAUCUCCAUUGAACAUUAAUCCGAUGACGAAAAUCCACGUAAGCCAUGACAGUAGCUCAUAUCACAUUGAAUUACCAUGCAUAAAAAAAUAAAAAAAUAAAUAAAAUAAAUAAAUCAGCUUCAAUUGAAAACUUCCACCAAAUUGCACGUACUAGAUCUAUUUAUAGAGCAUAAAUUGUCAUAGUUUAAAGCAACACUACUAAAGCCAAGAGAAAAAAAUCAGAAACAAAACACUAUCCAUCUAUUGUUAAUCCAAUAACCUACCAUUUUAUAAACUUCGAACAUGGAAAUUCUCAAAUUUGUCCUGUACAUUUCUCUGUUUGUUUCUCUAUCGUCUGCUACUAGUGUUGUUGAUUUUUGUGUUGCAGACUUUAAUUUUCCAGGUACGCCAGCCGGUUUUCCUUGUAGGAAUCCGGCAAACUUAACAACAGAUGACUUUGUUUUCUCUGGUUUGGGUGUUGCAGGCAACACAUCAAACAUCUUUGGUGUAGCUGUGACGUUUGCAAUCGAUUUGACUUUCCCCGCUUUGAAUGGGUUGGGUCUUUCCAUGUCGCGGUUAGACAUUGGUGUGGGUGGAGUUGUCCCGAUCCACUCACACAGGGUAUCAGAACUAAUCCUUGUGAUUGAAGGAGAGAUACUUGCGGGUUUUAUCGAUUCAAACGAUCAAGUAUAUUAUAAAACAUUAACCAAGGGAGACAUUAUGAUCUUCCCUCAUUCAUUACUUCACUUCCAAGUUAAUGUUGGUAAAACUCCCGCUCUUGCCUUUGUUAGCCUGAAUAGUGCAAGCCCUAAUUUUCAAAUUACAACCACUUCUCUAUUUGCCAAUGACUUACCUACCGAAGUGAUUGAGAAAAUCACUUUACUUGAUGCUACACAAGCGAAGAAGUUGAAGAGGAUCUUUGGUGGCACUAAUUGAUAUAUCUGUGAAUGUUGUCUAUUAAUGUACAUGUUGUGUACAUAAAUUUGCUCCCGUAUAAGUUAUAUGUAUUGUCAAACUUGUAAAAAUGUACGUGCAAUUAUACGUAAGAUUACGUAUGUAAACUAGAUAAAUAUGUUCCAGCAAGUAUUCAUUGUUGUAUUAUUGAGCGUCGGUUUGAUGAUUCCAUGUUUAGCAAAAUUGCGAUUUUUACAACGAUUU